CAGUUACCUCCAUCAACUGGCAAAGGCAUCAGAUCCAGUGGAGUGGAUGUGGAGGGUUGUGCAAGUGGCAGUGUAGAUACAAGGCUGCUUGAAGAUGGGGACAGUAAAGUGGCUCAUGAUGAUGUAGGUGGCAGUGGAUAGAUAUGUGGGUGGUAAAGUGACUGUGGAUGCUUGAGAUGUUGAAGUGGCUGUUGAUGUUGGUGGCAAAGUGACUGUGGAUCGUGAAGAUGUUGAAGUGGCUGUAGAUGUCGAUGGUUAAUUGACUGUGGAUGAUAAAGAUUGUCUCGUCCCUAGCAUAGCAGACACUGGGUGCAGCGUAAUUGGGUCCGCCAGAUCAAUCACAGUGAAGUACGGGGCAGACAGCAGACUCUUACACACGUUUAUUGGACUAAAUCAUGUAAUUAGGGUAGCUUACUUGUUACAACACUUGUGGUAAAAACUAAAGGGGAUUACACGAUCUGUCUAAGCUAAGGAAACUAGCUAAACUAUAAAUCUGACGACAGAAAACACAAGUAACGAUCGUGACUUACGUCUGAUCUUGGCUCCGGGGAUGAGAAAACUUCAAGUUGCAAAAAAAAAAACUCCGAAAGACUCCUAUAAAAAUCCUCUUUGCUACAAGGACAACUCCUUAAAAACUAAAAUGUUCACUUGAAAAAGGCCCAAUAUACUUCUAUGACAUAAAGGAAACUUAACUGAAAUAACUGUUUGUGUGGUUAGCCAAAAAAGGAUAUUUUAUAAUCACGCAAUCAAAACAAAACAAGGCUGUUGAUGAAAUGAAGCCUUUAAGUGCUACUGUCGUUCUUUCUUUAUUCACUCCAUCAACAGUGAGUGAAUAAAGAAAGAACCACAGUAGCACUUAAAGGCUUCAUUUGAUCAAUAUCCCACAUCAUUACGACAUGCUACUAAAGGACACGUUCAAACGUUUAGUAAAACAAGGCUACAUUUUAAGAAAACAAGAGGUCCUAUAAUGUUCUAAAGCGUUCCUUGUACAGCAACGUGACAAAGAUGUUGGUGGUAAAAUGACUGUGGAUGAUGACGAUGUUGAAGUGGCAGUAGGUUUUGCUGGUACAGGUGCUAUGAAUGAUGAAGAUGUUCAAGUAGUUGUAGAUGUGGAUGGUAAAGAUGUUGAAGUAGCUGUGGAUGUUGGUGGUAAAUUGACUGUGGAUGAUAAAUAUAUUAAAGUGGCUGUUGAUGUUAGUGGUGAAAUGACUGUGGAUGAAGAUGUUGAAGCGGCUGCAGAUGUUGAAGCAGCUGUAGAUGUUGAAGCGGCUGUAGAUGUUGGUGGUACAGGGACUGCAGAUGAUGAAGGUGCUGAAGAGGCUCCAGAUGUUGGUGGUAAACUGACUGUGGACAAUCAAGAUGUUGAAGUGGAUGUAGAUGAUGAAAUGGAAGAUGACAAAGCUGUGGUGAAAGAACAGUUUAUGCAUGUACAUGUGGUGAUCAAGUGU